AUGUCCUGGUUGGCAUCUUUUGCCCUUGCUAUUCUGCAUGCUCUCUACUGGCUAGUCGUGACUGUAAAGUCAGCAUGCAGAGGUGAAUGCUCUCCGCAACCUCUCGAUGCCCCACGGAGGCAGACACCCUUGCACCUCGCACUGAACCUUGUAGUACAAGACAAUAUUGACGACAUUGAGGCAAUGGAAGCCGUCAUGAUCGAAAGCGUGGACCGAGCUGCGACGUGGUGUCGCGUCGUGGGGAUAAAUAGACUCACCAUUUACGAUCGUCAGGGCGUACUCACCAAGUGUUCAUCGGAUGUACAAAGUCGCCUCUCACGACGCUUUGGCAUUCCGCCGAAGGAGGUCGCCUCAGAAUCGGACAUUGAGUAUCCCCUUACACCGCCACCCUCUGAUGAUUCCGACUCCAGACCUUUGUCCCCGGAUACCAAGGAUUGGCAUAAAGAGCUCAAUGUCAUAACUCUCCGAUUUGCCGUGGGCGUGAGCACUGAGCGAAAAAAGCCUAGCAAGGCCGCGGUGCGGCGCCGUCGCCUCUCCCGACGAGAGACUUUGCCCCCCUCUCUAACAUUGCAUAUCAUUAGCCGUCAAUCGGGGAAACCCGUCAUUUCUUGCCUUGCCAGUGGGAUUCUACGACGGCGAGCACAUAAUUCCUCAUACAGUGUGAUUGAUGAUGAUACAAUGGAGCAACCUUCCGCUUCUGUGGAGGGAGAACUCAGCCAAUCUUUAGAAGGCCUAGAUGGAUUCCCUCCGCCAGAUCUCAUGCUCGUCCACCAUUUAUCCUGUCCAGAAAACAAUCCACCGCUGGAAUUGUACGGGUUCCCUCCAUGGCAGACCAGACUUACAGAGCUCUACCGUGACAGACGUACCAACGGCGUAAACCGGUGGCGACGGCCCCUGUCAAACCAGAGCAAUUCUGCAGGCCAACCACUGGAGGAAGUUCAGUUUCGACGCGCCUUGGACCAAUUUGCGGCUGCUGAAAUGAGACUCGGAAAGUGA